AUGGGAUCGCUGAAAACCUUUAUCAAGGAGGUUCGAUCAGCCAAAACUUUGGCCGAAGAGAAAUCGAUUAUAACCAAAGAAUCGGCCAAGAUUCGAACGAAAUUGAAAGAUGAUCAUUUGUCGCUAGAAAAAAGGCGUAAAAAUAUCCAGAAGCUGCUGUAUCUGUAUAUUUUGGGCGAGAAAACGCAUUUUGCGCAGGUUGAGUGUAUUAAUUUGAUUUCCUCGGACGAUUUUCAGAAUAAACGACUAGGAUAUUUAGCGGCGGUGUUACUUUUGGACGAGCAACAAGAAAUUUUAACGCUACUCACGAACCUAUUGAAUAACGAUCUCAACCAUCCGAACAGUUACAUCGUCUCGAUGGCACUCUCUGCACUUGGGUCUUUGACUUCACCAGAAUUGGCGCGUGACUUGUAUCCAGAUGUAGAACAGAUCAUUAACAGGUCUACGGAGCCUCUGCUGGUGAAAAAAGCAUUGCAAUGCGCAGCAAGACUGGUGACACGCGACGCGGCAUUACUGGAAAUUUUUUAUCCUUACUGCAAGAAAGUUCUAGACAACCAUCGCCUGUGCACGCAUGGCGUUCUUUUGGGCGUGCUAAAACUUUGCCAGUCCAUUAUUGAAGCACGAAAUUUGUACGAAUUUGACAAUUACCUGGAAAUUUUAGCGUCUCUCAUCGAUUCGAUGCCGGAAUUCUUCUCCCUUUUGCAGAAUUUAAAUUCUGCCGUUUUCAACCAGGAAUUUGACGUCAAUGGCACAAGUGACCCAUUUUUGCAAGUAGAGCUGCUACGCACUCUGCGAAUGCUGUUUGCUUGUGCCCCUGAGAAAACGAUGCAGUAUGUGGACAAGUUUGGGGACUUACUGACGCAAUUAGCUUCAAUUGGAGAUGGAUCUAAAAACAGCGCUCACGCGGUUGCAUACGAGUGCGUGCGCACAAUUUUUGAACUUCAAUUAGAUCAGUCGCUUCGAGUGCUUGGUGUGAAUAUUUUGGGCAAUUUCUUAUCCGGAAAGGACAGUAACACGAAAUAUGUGGCGCUCAACACUCUUUCGCGUGUAGUACCACAAGAGCCGCGGGCUGUUAAAAAACAUCGCAAAUUCAUAACCAAAUGUUUACUCGAUACGGAUGCAUCCAUCAAGGUGAGGUCUGUCGAGCUGAUUUUCGCAAUUUUGGAUGAAACCAAUGUGCAAGAGCUAACAAAUGAACUAAUCUCUUUCCUUGAAAUUUCUACCGAGGAUGACAAAGACGUGGUCAAUUACGUCGUCGAACAUAUAAUGGUAGUGUUGGAAUCGGAACGCUACGGCGAGGAGCGCUGGAGACUGGAUAUGGCUAUAAAAGUCUUGGAGCUAGUUGGCGAAUAUGCGUCUUACGAAAAAGUCAACGAAGUCAUGAUUAUGAUAAACAAUGCCAGAAGUAUCGAGCUCAAGGCUUCUCUUGUCCUGAAGAUUUUGUCAACAACCAUUGACGCUCCUGCUGAUAGUAAAGUUUCUGUUGAAAACAGUGGGUGGAAACUCGUUGCAAUAUGGUGUCUCGGAGAAUACGCUGAUCUUAUUUUAGGAUCAUCUGGGUUAACGGAGGUCAAGCUCACUGCAUGGCUUGCCAACAUGAAUAGAAUGUGCUACGAUGAACCAAGAGUCACUAGUUUUAUUCUUUCCGCGGCGCUCAAACUUUCUUGCAAAAUUCAAAGCAAGAGCCAAAUAGAGGAUUUACGCCUUCUCAUAGCAGGACACUCGAAAGAUACGAAUUUAUUACUGCAAACGAAAAGCACUCAAUAUGGCAUUUUAUUUAAUCAGCCAACCAAGUCCAAGAAGGCGAUUCUUGAUGCCAUGCCUUUUUUUGCCAAAAACGUCGUCGAGGAAACCGCUUCUUCGGCAGAGACCAGACAACCGGUCAAAAGCCCCCAAGCGGCUAAAGAAACGAAUCUCUUACUGGAUCUGUUCGACACGGAUCCUGUUCCUGCUGCGAUACCCGGUGGACUUGGUGGACAAAAGCCGCCUCUAAACUCAAACGGCCAGAAGGCCGCUCCACAUGUACCUACCGAUCAUGAACAUGUCCUGCAAGCGGCGGAUAAAAUUUAUGAUUGUAACAACCUUUCUGUGUAUGGUAAAGUUGUUUUCUGUGCCCAUCAAAAAGCAGUUAUAGAGCUAAACAUUCAGAGCAAGCAAAAAAAGAUAAUCAAUUUGCAUACAAUGGCCGCAGUCGCCAAACUACAACAAUUGAGCAUGGGUACACUGUCAUCGGGAGUGAUUGAUCCCAGUGGGAUUGCUAAACAGCAGCUCGAACUCACUGGAAGUGGUAAACUUAAAUUGCGCGUAAAGCUGAGCUACACGGUUGACGGUGCCGAGGUAUCUGAGCAAUUUGAUCACAGGUUUGCAGAAAGUUUGUAA